GUCGCGUGUGUGUGCGUUUUCGCGUGCAUUAAAUUUCUUCACAGUGUUGUGUGUACAUGUGUGAUCAUCAUAGACCGAUCGAGCAGUGCGUGGGAGAAAGAUCGAGACGGGAUCCGCAGCGGCUAGAGAUCGAACAGGAAACGAAAAGUGGGAAAGCCCAUAAAAGUCGUCUCCGGAGCUGCUGAUCUCGUCGCGUCCGGUUUGUGACCGGCGAUAAUCUAACGCGCGCGAGUGUGCAUAUAUUAAUAAUAAUAUUAGUGUGUAAUAAUUUUUUUAUAGAUACCUAGGUGUUUAAUAUAAAUUUUAAGGAAAAAAAAUGAGUUAUUAAAUCUUUUGCUUAAAGUCCGUGCGCAUCCACGUAUAUUACCUAUCGAUUGUCGCAAACGCCUUUAACGUAUCGUAACGACCGGGCACACGUGUGCACUAAGUCGUUUUUCCGUGUCGGUGUACCUAUUUAUUGUUUUUCCUUCCAGUAUAUAAUUUUAAUUUUCACCCGUGUAACAGCCGCGUACCACACCACUAGUCGUCAAAUCACUUGGCCUUUCCUUAUGAGUAGCCAAGAAUAUGACCGCCGCCACUAAACGCUGUCCGGUAACCGGAUUUUACGUCUUGUAGACGCCACUGCAAAACGUCAUCUGUUCGCCAUAAAAUUAUCUGCACUAGUACCUGCUCACUGGGACAACUACAGUCAUCGGACAGAUCUAUUAAAGAAAAUAACAAUAAUAAACAAAAAAAAUGGCACAACUAGUCUUAAACUUUAUCGACAGUUACCACGAUAUAAUGGAAAACAAAAGUGAUCCUAGAGUAAAUGGCUGGCCAAUGUUGUCUAGUCCAUUCCCGACGCUGUUUAUUUGUUUGUUCUAUGGUUAUUUCGCCAAAACGCUUGGGCCAAGACUGAUGGAAAACCGAAAACCGUUUCAACUUAGAAAAGUACUCAUAGUUUAUAAUGCAAUACAAACGAUGUUCAGUGCUUGGAUAUUCUAUGAAUAUAUGAUGAGCGGCUGGGGAGGAUCGUACAGUUUAAAAUGUCAACCGGUCGACUAUUCCUAUAGCCCUAUGGCAUUACGAAUGGCUCAAACGUGCUGGUGGUACUAUAUUUCUAAAUUCACCGAAUUUUUUGACACGUUGUUUUUCAUACUCAGGAAAAAGAACCAACAAGUGUCAACCUUGCAUGUCAUCCACCACGGAUGCAUGCCGAUGAGCGUCUGGAUGGGAAUGAAAUUUGCUCCUGGCGGCCACAGCACUUUCUUCGCGUUGCUCAAUACGUUCGUACACAUCGUUAUGUACUUUUAUUAUAUGGUGUCAGCGAUGGGACCUAAAUACCAAAAAUAUAUUUGGUGGAAAAAAUACCUCACCUCAUUCCAGAUGCUGCAAUUCGUGUGCAUUUUCGUCCACCAGUUCCAACUCUUGUUCCGCGAAUGCAACUACCCGAAGAGUUUUAUGGUUUGGAUAGGCCUGCACGGUGUUAUGUUCUUGUUCCUGUUCUCAGACUUCUACAAAUCCAAAUACACCAGUGACGGUAAACGAAGACCGGCAAACGACGGAGCUUGUAUGCCGGUGGAAGGAGCGAGUUACAGCAAGUGUUCAUCCAACGAACACGACAACGUCGUCGUGUACUAUUCGAAUGGCAUCGUCAACGGUUUUAAAACGACUGAAGACGCCAAAACCAAAUAGUGAUGAACCGAUACGAUUAAACGUUCCUAACCGAAUGGAGAACAGCUUGCGGAUAUAUGACACAAUCACCAAUAAUAUAAAGCACACUCAAAACAAACAAAACAUAAUAAAACACAAUACAAUAAUAUACAAAAUUAUUGAAAAUGAAUUAUUUGAAGUAAAAAUGUCCAUAUAAUAAACUAAAAAAAAUAUUAACGAAAAACAAAAAAACAUAAAAAAAUAAAAAAAUAAAAAAAAUAAAUUUAAUUUAAUUUAAAAAAUGCGUAUGCAGCAGUGAAACUUAACGCUGUUUGUCUGAGGUGUACAUGUAACAACAAAUCUAACGUAUAAACAAAUAUAACUAAACUAAAACAAUAAACAAUAUGUAUAUUGUAUUGCAGUAUGUACGAUAUUGUAUAUAAUACGUAUUUACAUAUAUGUACUUACAUUUUUGAUUUAAAGAUUCAU